AUGUACGAACCGAAUGCCGGCGACUUUGACGACAACAGCCCCACUUUGGAGCGACUGGAGGCCGACCUCUUGAGUCGCAGUCCGUCCAAUACGCAGCCGUCGUCUCUCGAGGGCUCGCUCUUCGGCGAAGUGCAUCUCAAUGAGAUCAAACGUCUGGAGCGGUUGCUCGACGAAUCAGAUGUGCAGAAACUGCAACUCAAUCAGCGAUUGGUCGAACUGCAGACCGGUCUCGAGACCAAGCAAUCGGAACUCAAUCUCCAGAGCAAUAAACUCGGCUCUCUGUUCGACGCAAUCAACUCUUUGCUCGCGCUUUACGGCGACGUCGAGACCGACGCCAGUGACCAGAACGCGGACUUUCCCGAACUCGCGCGACUCAAGAGUGCUCUCAAGCGGCAAAUGAGUGACUCUGCGGCCGGACAGCUGCGCGAAGAGGUGCAACGCCUCGAACGCGACCUCCAGUCCGCGUGCGCCAAAAGCGCGCUCUUCGAGAGCGAUUUGGUCACAAUCAAAACCAUCGCCGAAGAGAUGGGCAACGCGUGCGCCACCACUCAGGACGACCUCGUGGGCGUCUCCGAAGACUUGGCCGCUCUUUAUCACCACAUAUGUCUCGUGAACGGCGAGACGCCAUCACGUGUUGUCUUAGAUCACGCGCGACCCGACGCGGGUCUGCACGCGGCGCGUGUGGAACAGCUGCGCGACAAACUGCACUUUGCUUUGGCGACACCGCGUCUCGUGGACGGCNCAGCGUUUGCAAAGUCUCAGACCAAUCAAAAGGUUUCGGCCAACACUGGCGUCGAGCGCGAAGAGAAGCUCCUGGAAGAGAGCGCUCACAAAGAGGCCAACUUUGCGUCCACUUUGCAAGACUUGGAGCGCGAGUUGAAAGCCGUGAGACUCGAGUUGGAAAGAGUGGAGUCGGAAAAGGAGCGCUUCUCGCAGGACAUGACAGAAAUGAGCAAAGCGUCGGAAGAGACGGAAUGGGAGCGCAGGACUCUGAGAGUGGAGUUGAAGGAACUGAAGCUGAGAGAGUCGCGACUCUUGGCCGACAACAACGAACUCGAAGAAGAGAACAUUUCGCUGCAAAAACAGGUCUCUGUUCUCAAGUCAUCGCAAGUGGACUUCGAGACGUCCAAACACGAGGUGAGACGUCUUCAGGAGGACAUGGAGGCGUUGAACGCUCAGCUCGAAGAAUACGAACACUUGAAGCGAAUCGCCGAACGGCAGAUGGAAGAGGCGUUGGAAGCGUUGCAAUCGGAAAGAGAGCAGAAAUAUGCGGUGAAGAAGGAGUUGGACCGCCGGAUAAACUCGGAUUCGAUCCACAACUUGUCGACAUUCGCGGGAUUCGCGGGUUUGAAGUUCGCAACGGUCGGCGGACAACGGCUCGCAUUCUUUCGGCGAACGACUCGUUUCGCUGACGCUUUCGUGUCUUAUGUGUUGUUUCGCGCCUUAAUUCUCAUUAAAAUCCACGAACCGAAUGCCGGCGACUUUGACGACAACAGCCCCACUUUGGAGCGACUGGAGGCCGACCUCUUGAGUCGCAGUCCGUCCAAUACGCAGCCGUCGUCUCUCGAGGGCUCGCUCUUCGGCGAAGUGCAUCUCAAUGAGAUCAAACGUCUGGAGCGGUUGCUCGACGAAUCAGAUGUGCAGAAAUUGCAACUCAACCAGCGAUUGGUCGAACUGCAGACCGGUCUCGAGACCAAGCAAUCGGAACUCAAUCUCCAGAGCAAUAAACUCGGCUCUCUGUUCGACGCAAUCAACUCUUUGCUCGCGCUUUACGGCGACGUCGAGACCGACGCCAGUGACCAGAACGCGGACUUUCCCGAACUCGCGCGACUCAAGAGUGCUCUCAAGCGGCAAAUGAGUGACUCUGCGGCCGGACAGCUGCGCGAAGAGGUGCAACGCCUCGAACGCGACCUCCAGUCCACGAUCGCCAAAAGCGCGCUCUUCGAGAGCGAUUUGGUCACAAUCAAAACCAUCGCCGAAGAGAUGGGCAACGCGUGCGCCACCACUCAGGACGACCUCGUGGGCGUCUCCGAAGACUUGGCCGCUCUGUAUCACCACAUAUGUCUCGUGAACGGCGAGACGCCAUCACGUGUUGUCUUAGAUCACGCGCGACCCGACGCGGGUCUGCACGCGGCGCGUGUGGAACAGCUGCGCGACAAACUGCACUUUGCUUUGGCGACACCGCGUCUCGUGGACGGCAACCUCUUGGAGACGGUGAGAGACCAGUUGAGGCAUCUGAAGAUUGCCGUCGAGACGAGCAUUGAGUUGCGGUCGACGACACGCGCGCAGAAAGCGGACACGUGUUUGAGUGGAGGGGAAACUGAAGAGUUGGCAGAUCUUCAGGAAUCUGUUGUGAAAUUCAAAUCUCUUUUGUCGACAAAACGCGAACAAAUCGCAACUCUUCGUACGGUUUUGAAGGCCAAUAAGCAGACGGCAGAAGUGGCGCUCGCGAACCUCAAGUCCAAAUACGAGACGGAGAAAGCGGUGGUCACGGAAACGAUGACCAAACUCCGCAACGAACUCAAGGCGUUGAAGGAAGACGCGGCCACUUUCGCGUCGUUGCGCUCGAUGUUCGCCGCGCGCUGUGAGGACUACGUCUCGCAGAACGACGAACUCCAGCGGCAGUACAAGUGCUCGGAAGACGAGAAGAAAACUCUGAACUCGUUGUUGCGAAUCGCGAUCCAACAGAAGUUGGGAUUAACGCAGAAGUUGGAGGAACUGGAAAUGGACAGAGAGAGACUGGUCGGGCCGCGGGUCGAGCGCUGUCCCAACGGAGCGCCCAACACGUGGCGGGCUUCGGGACGCGGGGCGCGAACUCCUCCCACUCGCGGCUCAGCAGUGAGUCGCGGGUCAACAAAGAGAGGCGUUUGA